AAAAGAAAAAAAAUAUUUAUUAUUUUAUGGGUAUGAGUGUUUACCUGAAUGUAUAUAUAUGCACUUUGUGUGUGAUGGCACCUGUGGAGCCCCAAAAGGGGCAUCGGGUCCCCUAGAACUGGAGUUACACAGCAGUCGGGAGCUACCAUGUAAAUGCUGGGAACUGAACCUGGUUCCACUGCAAGAGCAACAAAUUCUUAACAGCUGAGACAUCUCAUCUCUCCAGCCCAGUUUUUCAAUUUUUGAGACAGGCCAGGGGGUGAGGGGGGGUGGGCAGUAGCGUGAGACAAGAUCCCACGUAGCCCAAACUGGCCUCAGAUUCAUUAUAAAGCUGAGGGUAGCCUUGAACUCCUGGUCCUCCUGUAUUCACUACCCGGCGCUUGGAUUACAGCCAUGCACCACUGUGUUCCCCUUAUGCAGGCCUGAGAGGAUGGGACCAAAGGCCACACGUCUGCCUGGUGUGCCUUUCACCGGCUGACUCACAGCCCCUGGCCCUGCUCCUUGCUUCUUUGAGACAAGUCGUCACUAUGUAGCACAGUCCUGUCUCAAAGUUCAAACGAUCCCUCUGCCUUCGCUUGCUGGGUGUUGGGAUUCUAAGGAAUGCAUCAUCGUGCUCAACCUAACUCUUUUCCCUGCCGCUCCAAGUCUUGUUCUAAGGUAAAGGGCUGGAGUGGACCAUCUCCAUGGAUGGAGAAGGGGUGCUCCAAAUUAAAGGUGCAGGCGCUACCCCCUAGUGUGCCAGAAGACAGGGUUUGAAAACCGUUUAAAGGUAGCAAUGCUGGUAAUCUCAGUACAUGGGAGGCGGAGGCAGGGGAAUUGCCAUGAGUUCAAGGUCAGCCUAGACAACAGGGUUUUAAAACCUUCUCUCAAACAAAAGCAGCAACUGGUGCACAUCCAAAGCUUCAGCAUUGGAGAGUGGAGCAAGAGGAUCAGGAGUUCAAGACUAGCCUUUUUGACAGUUGGGGUUUUGAAGGCAGCCUGGGAUACAUGAGACAUCAUCUCAAAACAGGAAGAAAGAAAAAGAAAGAAAACUAUUGGAUUAUCCCUUCACAUGAUCCUGAUAUGGGGUUUCAAAUGCUUAGAAUUCCUGGAGGGACAGUGCCGUUAGUGCCCUCAGGACGCCAGGAGAGGUCUGUGCCUCCAGACCCUGGCAGGCUGACCCGGAGUGCCUGAGAGCAGCUUAGGAUUCUUCAGUGUCUUGUACUGCCACCUGUGCUCUUCCUGUGUUUGUCCCUGGAGCUACUACAGUGAGGAGGUAGUGGGCUCAGCGGGAUGAUGACAAUGAAGUGGGGGAGGGGCGCCCAGGCAUGAGUCCCAAGUGCCUUCUGCUGUCCUUACUCUGUCCCCCCAACUGGUGGAGGGAAGAAAGCAUCCCUUUGAGGGUUGAGAGGGACUAGCUACCUGCUACAUACCGAACACGCCUGGAUCAUGCCUGGAACCCAUGGGUGCAGCUACUAUCCAUCCCCACAGCUUCCCACCGCCGCCUCUUUCUUGGCAGAGUCUCCCGUAUGAGUUCUAACCCUGAUGGCUUCAGAGCCUGGAUGCCCCUCCCUCAGGGCCUGUAGCAUUUCCUGGCUUACCUGGGAGAUGCAGGCCAGGUAGAAGGAGCAGGGUGCUGCCUGAUUGCCCAAGGUCCGCCACCAACCAGCCCCACGAUGGGGCCUGCCGCAUGGCGCCCAGUGGAGAUAUGAAGGCAGACAGGCAGGAAACCCAAGCUGAGGGAGCAUCAAUCAUUCAUGGGUCUGCUCUCUGGGAAACCCUAACCGUGGCCCCAUAGGGCUAAGUCACCAUCCCAACAAGGUUAAGUAAGAGACCCUUUGCUUGGGGCUCCUCUAGUCCAGGGCACACUAUGUCAAUCCCACCCCUCUGUCAGCAUCCAAGGCCUCUUUUCUAAAGUUCCAUAUGCCCUCUGCUCCAUUGGAUGCCACUCCAUUGGACACCCAAAGUGACAACUCUCAGUCUUUUCCAAUAGUCCUCGUCCUGCCUCAGGAGCCUUCACUGGUCUUUGCUACACUAAUUCAGCCACGUCACACUCUGGGAUGAGCACUUAACUCUGCAAUAGUGUGCUCCCAUUUCAUAGAUGGAUAAACUGAGACUUGGAAGGAUGAAUUAGCUGCUUCUACUAGGUGAGAAGUGGUUGAGUUUAAGUAUGAGCUCACUGCAGCUGCUGUGUCCUGGCACCCUCACUGCCAAGAACAGUUUUUAAGACCCAUCUGGUGCUGCCAGGACACCCUAGGGCAGAGGGCACAGAUUAGGCCUGCUGCCUGGUUCAUUUACCCUAAUCCCCCUCACUGUGGAUCCCAGGUGAUCAUCUCAAGCCUGCGGGCCCCUAAGCAGUUCUCUGGGCCCUGAGAACCAAGGGCACUUCAGGGAGCUGCAUCGCUGAGUCCCGUUCUUCACUGCAUGGCAACAGAGCAUGGCUCUCAGCAGGUUCCUGGCCUCCAGAAGACCCAUGAAGGAGCUGUAUCUCCUGGGAGUGCUGUUGAGGGCCCCACUUUGACCAGAAGAAGGAGCAAGAAGGAGAGGAGACUGCCAGGGUCCCAGAAGGCUAGUUCUGGGAAGCAGUCCUCUGGCCAAGGCUCCGAGGCCUCAGGAAGCAGCAGGAAUGCCCCAAAGACCAAAGCAGGGCAGGGCGAGCCACCUUCAGCACUGCCCAGGCAAGCCUCUCACCGACAGUCCCACCGACAUCGUUCUGACCCCCAGCAGGACGCUGCCCAAAGGACUUAUGGGCCCCUGCUCAACCGCAUCUUCGGAAAGGAUCGGGAACUGGGUCCUGAGGAGCUGGAGGAGCUGCAGGCUGCCUUUGAGGAGUUUGACACUGACCAGGAUGGCUGCAUCGGCUACCGGGAGCUGGGUGACUGCAUGCGGACGCUGGGCUACAUGCCCACGGAGAUGGAGCUCCUGGAAGUGUCGCAGCACGUGAAGAUGCGCAUGGGCGGUUUUGUGGAUUUUGAAGAGUUUGUGGAGCUGAUCAGCCCAAAGCUGAGGGAGGAGACAGCUCACAUGCUGGGUGUACGAGAGCUGCGCAUCGCCUUCCGAGAGUUUGACAAGGACAGGGAUGGACUGAUCACAGUGGCGGAGCUGCGACAGGCAGCGCCAGCUCUGCUGGGGGAACCACUAGAGGGCACUGAGCUGGAUGAGAUGUUGCGAGACAUGGACCUCAAUGGGGAUGGCACCAUAGACUUUGACGAAUUUGUAAUGAUGCUAUCUACUGGCUGAGGCACCUGCAGGGGCGACCUACUGCCCCUGGGGCCCACAUACCUGCGCGAACCAGACAACCACGCCCUUCCCGAGGCUAGGAGAUCCUCUCCAACUGUAGGCUGCGGCUACCCCUGAGCGCGCCUGCCUCCCGGUCUGCCGCGCUGUCUUCUCCUCCCACUCCCACACUGUGGAGGGGAAAAUCCCAGCUGGGUGCAGUUCUCAGUAGAGAACAAGAUUUGAAAUCUCUCCAGGCCCUGGAGAGGUAGGGAGUUCCCCAGCGUUGGCUGCAUUCGAAUAAACCAGGCAGAGUGUGUUGUGGGACAUUCUUAGGACCUGGUGGAUUGAGAGGGCGGCCAAACCACUUCCCACUACUUAUAUGCAGAAAGUGUUGUUUAAAAAAAUGAACUUGGGCCUGGUAAAAUGGCUCAGCAGGUAAAAGCUCUUGUCAUCAA